AGAGUGACGGUGGGUAGGAGUCGCGUAUUCUUCUGGCCGUCAGCGAAUUCAAGCCCUCCCCCCCACCACCACCACCUCCUCUCGCUCUCAAGCCAUCAGCGGCACUCCGGCUCUCGAGCCACCCGACUCUCGUUCUCCCGCGGGGCCUCUCGUCCCUUCUCUCGUGUCGCUUCCGUGCAGCUCCCAGUCGCGGUGGCCUUGAGUGCCCGUCUCUGCUCUCUCUCUCUCUCUCCUCACCCUCCUCCUCCUUCUUCUAUUCGUUUGCAAUCUCUCAGAUUGUGUUGGCGUCUGGCUCCGUGAACUCUCUCGUUGCCACCGUCCGCUCAAAGCGUCAUCCGUCUCUCAAAUCUACGCGCGGCGUUCUUCCGUCGGCAUCUUCUCGGUCCGUCUCCCGGGUUCAUCUUCAACGAUGUGGGCUCGGCGGACUGUGUGUCUAUUGCUUGUGUGCGCGACCUGCUCGCCACAGCCCAGCUCGGCCUACCCUCCGCCCAGAGACAUGGAGAGAGGGACGAGUCUCGAGACGAACGAGGCGGGUCUCGAUCCCGCGCUAGUGGUCGGUUGGGUGAUCGUGGUUCCUGCGGAUUCCGUUUCCCGACCGAUCGUGCUGACUCCGUCUGAGACGCGGCUCCUACUCAGCGGCCCUGGCGAGACAUCAGCCCUGCAGUCCAACAGCCUGCACCAGCCCGAGGAGGAGGAGGAGGAGGCGGCGAGGAGCUUGGUGCACAAGCGCGCGUGCAACACGGCUACGUGCGCCACGCAGCGCCUCAUGGACUUCCUGAGCCGCGCGCGCGGCAUGGAGGGCGCCGGCCCCACGGACACGGGAGCCAGCACGUUCGGGCGCAGGCGCCGCUAGGGACAGGGCUCCCUGCACGGACCCCACAUCCCACCUACCCCCUCCCUCCUACCCCCUCCAUCCCCCCACUUAUCGUCCCUACCACCCAGGGCCGGAUUCAGGCACGAGCGGCUUUAGGGGGCCGCAGCCACAGGGGGCCUCCGCCAACUGGAGGGGCCUCCAGAGACGAAGUGAAAAGUGAUUUCGUUCGUGAAUGCUGAACUUGUAUUUGUUGUUCGCCUUGUAAAAAAAAAAAUGCAAUUUUAUUUUUCUUUAACUUUGUUUUCCUUUUGAAAAUAUUACUGGGGGCCUCGCAGUACCUGCAGCCCAGGGGGCUUAUACACAAUAUUAAUCCGGCCCUGCAUAUCACUAGGAUAUCCACCUCCCCCCCCCCCCCCAUGGGUCGAGUCAAGAUUCCCCUUGGGGAUACCUUCAAGGUCACCGGCAAAACAAAAUAACGACAAGAACAGGAGGAGAAACAUUGUUGUUGUUCGAAUUCGGUCCAGCAACUGAGUAUUUAAAGAGCCGCAGUGCACGUGCAUGCGUUACGUUCCGCUGCAUUACAGUGCACGUGCAUGCCCACGCCACGUUACGUUCCAUGGCGUGACGAAGCAGUCUUUAAAAGCCGCAGGCUGCCGCCCACCCCUCCCCUGUUCCAAAGGCCAUCAAUCCCCACGCGCCUUUCCGCAAUCAUCUCCCCCUGCCGUCCGCCCACCAUGGAUCCCACACAGAUCUCGCGAUGAAUUCCUUCCAAAGAUCGUCCCCUGAACACUGACAAGCCCUUCCACCCCCCGGCGCCCUCCCUCCCCCCAUCACCGCCCCCCCCCCCCCCCACCACUGGAGGGCCCCUGACCUCCCACCUCACGGAGGCCCCCCCCCCCCUUCUCCAAAGAGGCUCCGCCUAUCCUUUGCAUUGACCACGGAACCCCCCACCCCCCCUCUCCGCCUUUGACGAGCCGAAAGAAUCGCUUCAUGCCGCCCCUUAAUUUCAUAUUCUUUGGUCUUUCGGUAAAGGCACGUCGAUAGGCUCAAUCUACUUACUGGACAUCUGUUUGGAGGAGGAAGAGCUUAAAAGCUCAUCGGAUCCCUCCCAGCAUAGAUAAUGAUACUGAUUGACUUACAACGGCCUACGCUUGACGUCUUAACCGCUCCAACCCUCCUGCCCCUACCCUCUCGCCCCCAGCCUCCACCCAGAACCUCCCUCUCCCUUGUCCGUGUCAUGGAGCCACGAGUCACUCUGGGCCCGUGGCUUUAAGUGAGCACGGAACGCUCCCCCCCACCCCACC